AUGGCGAUAGCCCCUCGAGUCAUUUUUCUGGAUGUCGAUGGGGUCCUCCACCCAGCAGAUGCUCCAGGAGGUAAUGCUCUUGAAGACGAGGACCUAUUUCGCCGACCUUGUUUGGAGCGUUUGGCUUGGGUUGCCAACCAUGGCCAUGCAGCGAUCGUUCUCUCCUCCUCGUGGCGGUUGGACAAGGAUUCCUUGGCUGAAGUCGAAAGGCACCUCGCCUCAGUCGGCCUUUCCGUCCUGGACUCCACAGCAACUGAUGCUUCUAUGGGACCAUCAGCUCGAGCACAGGUGGCACUUUCGGUUCAAAAGGCUGAAACAUUGAGACGAUGCAGUGAAGCCCUUGUGGCCAGAGGGCGUUUCCAUGUAUAG